AUGGAUCUAAAGCCCCUGGAGCGAACUCGUCUUGAGAAGGAUUUGCGCACGAGGACAGGCAAGGCCACGCAGCCGCAAACCACGGCGGGCUCAUCGAUUCCGGCGCUGCAAGUUUCGAAGUCCUCUGUGCAAGAUUUUCAACCUGCAAUGCGGACCAGGCCAUCAGAGACAUGCUUCGGACCUCCAGAGAACCCCCUCUUGUACACUUUGUUGGAGGAGAUCGGUUUUGGAGUCACCUCGAAGGUGUACAAGUGCAAGCGUGGACAGGAGAUCUUUGCGGUAAAGGCAAUAAGCCUGAAGAAACUGCGUCAUCAACCGGGCUUCUCGCGAGUCUCCGACAGGCUGCAUCAGGAGAUUGAAAUUCUCCUAUCGUUGAAGCACGAGCGUGUCGUGAAGCUGGUGGAUGUUGUCGAAGAGUUCGACUACCUGUAUCUGAUUAUGGAGCUGGUCUCUGGCGGCGAACUGGGCGAGUGGAUUGUUAAGAAGGGCUCUUUCCCUGAAAACAUGGCUCGACACGUCUUCGUGCAACUGGUGGAAGG